CUUCCACCCACAAAAUCUAAAUCCACUAAAUGUAAAUAGAGUGAUAGUUUGAUUGUGAUUCUAUGUCUCUUAUUCAAAAAUGGAUGUCAAAGUGAAGCCGUGCCUUACCUCACGAGGUGGAGUUUCCUGAGCACCACAAUUCAGACCUUGUAAUAAAGGACACACGAAAGUCAAAGCCUUGUUUUACGUUGCGGUCUCUAAGGGAAGACGGGUACUACGAAGUAUGAUUGGAUUUUCUACAACAAGGUGGUGGUGAACGAACCAUGAUCCAUUUAUUUAUAGCUACCAUUCGUAUUAUCUUCCUUCUAAAAGGAUACCAAGAAAUGUGUGAUUUCAGUGGUCUUUUACUCGCAAGUAUAAUAAAUUCAUAGAAUUCUGUCACCCUAUGUCUUGGAAACUAUACAGGACCACAAGCAAUUGUCGCGAAAGAGACCGAAACGAGACCGGAAUAAGGCAAGCGGACGAAAAAUGUCGUGUCUAGUCUUCAUUGGUCUUUACGCGGUCACGUCGUCGACGUGCGCGGUAGCCUACGAUCACGCUCAGAGACAGCGUUCGUUAUGCCUUCAACGAAGAAGUAUCAAAGUAGGCUCCUGUCUACUUAUCAAAGUAGACUCCUGGUCCUGCUGAGUGAGUGAAUGAAUGAGUGAGUGAAGGGGUGAGUGUCUACUUAUAUUGUGUAGAGGUGGAGGGUCUUUGAAGUAGGGGUCUACGGUCGAGUUAUAUCUUGUUCACUAAAGUGUAAUUGAUUUUAUACGAUCGUUUGUAGUUGGGUUCAACUUACAUUUCGUCCCCUACUAAUGUCCGCGAACACAGGUUUCGACCUUGAGGAGGCAGACGCUUUGUACUCGUUCACAGGAGUUAACAUUAAGGCUGAAAAAAGAAGAUAUUUACGUCUAUGACCUCUAGGUGUAGACUUCCGUCCUCACGCUAUUUUUUACCUCUAGGAGGUGUAGGCUUCGCUCAUUUCACGCACUGUUCUCUCCGCUAUUUACGUCUACGACCUUGCUUUUCCUUCUCGUAAAUUGACGAAGACCCAUUUUAGCUGCAUCCCUGUACUUCUAGGUGACUACUUCCCUCCUAAUUGGAAGCAUAAAUGAGCAGCGCACACGUGGUCGAAUUCUUGCUUUAUUAUCUAGUGAAUAUCGCUAAUUCGCUAAUAACAACACAAGAUCAAGAACUGCUUCCGGAGAUCGAGAUGAAGAAUCUGCGGAGACAUAUACAGCGGAAGGCGAAGAAGUUUUCCCUGACCAGGAGCAUAUGAAGCAGCGUCCUCGUGUUAAGGAAAGAGUUAGAUCACUUGUUAAGUAGAAAGAUUAUGAUAAUAAGAAAAUACUAAUAAAAGAGACUCUCAUUUAAUUUUGCGAUUACGUCCUUUUAUUUGUCUUUGCAUUCUUGCAAACAACUUUAUUUGUUCUAAUUCUAGCAGAAAAAAGCUCCACGGGGAAAGCACUGCUUUCGUCCAAGAAAGGAGUACUAUUAAGGCUCAACUUUCAAUUGUCAUUGGAGCUGGUAACUGAGAUAAAAGAGGCGCCCCCUUCUUGAGAGAACCAACAGGGGAAAGAUACGAAGGGAGCAAAGGGGAGAGCUUUGAAGGGGGUCGCUCCCGUUCAGAGUCAGCGCCCAAUGAAUGCCGAGCUUUAAUACUAUUUCUUUUGAUCACCGCGGUGGGAUUCAAAAUGUUUUCGAACAGACAGGAGACGCAGAGGCAGAAGGGGAGAAGCCAGCGGUUCUACUUAUGAUAUAAUUACACGUGAUCUCCUUUCUCCUUAAAUCCGUCGCGGACCAUCUACUCUGACUCUGUCUUCAUUUCUGUGACCCUCUACUCUGUCUUCGUGUGCCUAUGUUCUAAUUCUAGCAGAAAAAGUCCACCGAAGCCGUCUAUAAAUGCCUUCCACGAGGAAAGCACUGCUUUCGUCCAAGAAAGUACUACUAUUUCUUCUGGUAACCACGCUGGAACUCAACAUGUUGUCGCAGAGGCAGAAGGCGAGAAGACAGCAGCAGAAGCGAAAAAGCCUACUGCAAGGUUUGACCCCUUGGUAGCGGAAUACGAUGCCACUAUCCAACCCGCAGAGUUAUGCUAUCAGCUUGUCUCUGAGUCUAAAACUGAGCCCAUGUCCUCACUCUCAGCUCCUCAGGGUCAGAAACGUUAGGCCCAGCAGAAUAUGAUUUUGCUACUUCUACUCUUUUGUUGUUCUUCCCCUACGAGAAUACAAGAGUAUAAGGGAACAAAAGAUACAAGGAGAUGACCUCCGGGAAUAAAACUAAAUGCACAUUAUUGAUUCGCCCCCAUCUCUAAAAACGGGAGAAACAAAAGGCAUCGACCCAGACUGGGCCUCCUAUCAGGCAUGCGUCAGACAGCCUCAGCAAUUUCUGCGUCCAAUGGUUAUCGAACGUGACCCAAAAACUUACGAUUGAUGUCAUAGUCUCUGUAAACGUUGAAGUUGAAGCCAGGAGCGGUCAACAUAUCCUACUUAUUAUAGAGUCUAUGAACUACCUUGAAGUUAACUCUUCUAAGAGAUGAGUAAGGCACCUAUCCACCAACGUUGGGGAGACUUCGAGGAGAGGCUUUUCGGAGCUAAUACCGAGUUUCUCACCACACCAGAGAUUAAGGAGUGUCUGAUGCAAGUUGCAGGUUGAAAUUGAACUACUUAUCUAGUACGCUUCUGCGCCUAUUGCAGAUUCCAAAAAGGAUUACAGGCAAUGCCGACGAGCUUGGACGCGACAUCUUCUACACCUAGUAAUGCAGAUUCCAAGAAGGAACAAUAAAGUGCUGUGAGAUAGAUGCCGAUACGCCGAGACAGAGUGGGAUUAGAUUUUUACCCAUACCCUCCUAAACCCACCCUAAACUAAAAAGAACUAUCAUAGAUAGUAUCUCGUAUAAACUAAAGCGAAAAUCGACCUUCGUUAUUCUGUAUUCUCGGAGGACGGAGUGAGGCCUUUUUUUCAUGGAAAUCAGUGGCCUAAAGAUGGGCCGGGACGGGCCCGGUCUUCUUGCUUUUUCAAAGGGGUCCGACAAAGAGAGGCGACGAAGGAUAGCGGCAAAGGCUCUGGCGUAACGUGGCGCAACCGUGUCAGGCCCGUCUCUCUUCUUCGUCCUCGCCUCUCCUGCCUCCGUCGGGGGCUGCGCUGGUUUUUUCGGAAGAUCAAAACGAAGACAAAGGACUAAACAAGAAAAAACGACCCAACGCAAAGGGCCGGCUUUAAUCAUUGCGGCGCUGGCUGCUUAUUCCUUCUCCUUGCGCCAAGUGGUUAGGCCUGCCCGCGCACGCACAGAGAGGCGGCUGGCAUAGAAAACGAGCCGCGCCCGGGGCUGGGGGUGGAGAUAUAUAAGCCCAGCGGAGGCCGUGCUCCCCGGGCAUGCGGCUGCGUGUCUCGCUGCGUUCUUUGUAAGUCUUCAGCUUCGCCCUUUUUUCUGCAGCCGCCCCCCCAAUGGUCUGGGCCAUCGCCUUGGUUCUUUUUUCUUUCCUCGCUGAGGCCGCCGGCGUCUUCUCUUUCUUGAUAAUUGGCUUUCAGCUUCGCCUGGCUUGUCGUCCCUCACCUGAUGCACGUUAGGGAGGCCGUUCGCCUAUGGAAUCGCUUCUGCGCUUCGUUCUCACUCGGUUGGCCUUAAAUCUGGGGGGUUGUGCGUGGCAGUUGUGUCUUGCUGUGGCCUAGGUUGUGGGAUUUGUGUCCCGAGUUGUGGAAGUUGUGCGCUGAGUUCUCUGGGGCAGCCUUAUGAAAAAGUCGCGCUUGCUCCUUUUUUCUUUGGCUGUUCGAAUUCGAACACAAUGAGACCCCGAAGAAUCGCGCGGGCUUCAUCGUGUUCAAAUUCGAAGAGCCUGAGAGUGGGGCGAGGCCUUUUCGUAUGCUUUCUGUCUGCGCACAACUCGCCACCCCCGCGCCACCUCCGCAACUGACUCGCCACAGCGAACCUUCGCAACUUCUACAACAUAGAAAACAGCCGCCACAACUUAGGCAACAACCCCCACAACCCAGGGCCCAACUUCCACAACUUUCCACAGCUUAAAUGUACUAAAGUGCAGCGCCUUCUUAGGGUUUUGGCCUCUCUAAGCACGCUAAACACUCCACCCACGGCAACCGCCCUCGAAGGGGCGCGGCGUUUCUCUCUCAGAGGUUUACUUGAGGGGCGCCAGCCACCAGGCUUCGAGGCGGGAUGGAGCUGGCGCCGCCGUCCGCUUGUGUUUGGACAGCUUAGAUGGAUUGUGCCGCUUGUGUGCGGGUGAUUUUUCGAGGGCUUGCGGGGGUCGAAGUCAGCCGCCUCAGAGCCACUCCACGCCACACGAGGAGCGACCGACCGGCGGGCAGCCUGGCUGGCUUGGAUGCAAGGAACGGCUGGCGAAAAUAGGAGAAGAACACACAGAGAGGCACGCGCCGCUAAGCAAUGCAUCCAACGCGCCGGCCAAGAGCCCCGCGGAGAACCCGACCAACCGAAGACGAAAAGCGCAGAGGGCCUGCGCCUUUGCUUUGGUUCUUCGUCUUUUCGUGGCGGGUUGCUGGUUCUUUUCGCUGGCUGUGAGUGUCCCCACCCACCGACCUGUCACCCAACCUACCGAGAAAAAAUGAGAAGCAGAGGCUCGCGCCACCUUGUGCGGGUUGUGCGGGGGUGUGGGGUUCAUUUCAUUCACUGUCAAACCACCGCGCCUUGUCAGGCUUGGAGAGAGAGGGGAACGCCUUCUGACUGCCGGACGGGUGGGCAGGGGGAAUUGCGUCACCCCUCGGAAGCAUUGCCCAGCGCGUGGGAGCUUGUUGCCAGGCCAGCCAGCUGCACAAAAUGAACGAAAAAAGCCACCCACGGCCGGGCAGGCAAUGGCUGAGAUACUCCCCCAGACAGCUUGCCACGCACCUGCACCCCUAGCGCGGGCCCCGUGUCAGGCUUCUUGCUUCCCUCGUCUUUGGUGGCUUCGCUCUUGUCUGGUGUCUCUGUUCUCUUCUUCCUCAUACAUACCUUUCGCGCUGCCCCUGGCUCAGGCGGUCCCGCUUUGGAAGCGCCUCCCCCUCUGCUUCCCUUGCCUCGGUUCUGAAGCUCAAGGGCCGCGCCCGGCGCCGCUCCCCGGAUUGGUUUGAUGGGUGCAGCUUUCGUCGCGCCUAUGCACCCUCAACCUCGGCCCCCUUCAUCGGAGCAGCCCUUUUCAUGACGUUUGCUUUUCUGCUCUGUCGGUGGCCUGCGUGGGAGCGGGCUUAUUUGCUCUGAUCUGUUACCUUUCCGCGCCAAAGCCUACAACUUGCUUGGCCAGGUUCUUCGACUGAUACGAGACAAGACGGGCGCAGUGAAUAAACUUGACAGCAGCGCAGGGACCGAUGUCGUCAUCCUUGCGCUAGCUUGUGAUACAUGUCAUCUAUCCAAAAAGUGAAGACGUCUUAUAUCUACUAGUUUUAGUACUAGUUCCGACACCUAAGAGCUAGAUACCUCUUCUAAAAAGGCGGAGGGCAUAGAUCAAGUGGGUAGCGAGUAUUACAACGAAGAAAAAUAUGGCCUAGAACUCGAUCGAGGGAAGCGAACUGUCAAAUGUACUGGUGUAGUCACACCAAGUCAAAGCGGCGUGGAUUAUCUCAGACAGACAAUAUGGCAAACUAGAAGUAGCACACUUCAACUUCUACUUCAUCUUUGUUCAAAAUUAAGACAUUCAUCUUGCAAGUAGUUAAAACAUCCAACAUCUUAAACUAUUGCAUGGUAAGCGGACAUGAUCCAUCUUCUUGAUCCACUGAUAAUGAUCCAUAGUAAUUUUGCAUCAUCAUAGAUGAUGAUCCAUAGAUGAUGAUGAUCCAUACUAGUAAUUUAGCAGCACCAUCAUCAUAGAUGAUUUGCAUCAUCAGAGAUUAGAUAAUUUGCAUCGCCAUUCAUAGAUGAUGACCCAUAUAUAUUAAUUUUGCAUCAUUCAUGAAUGGUCCAUAGAUGUCUACUUAGCUUGCAAAUUAUGUAAUCAUCCUUCUCCAAAGAAUAUCCAUAGACUACUCAACUAAUCAAGAUGGAUGUCUACUGAGUUUGCAUGUUCUCAAUAGUGGACGUUUACUUAGUGGUUUGUCUACUCACUAGUAGUUGUAAUUAAACAAUGGUCGACUACUUAGUUUCAUCCAUCUCGCAUGUUAGGUCAGGUUAGGACUCUCCUGUAUUUGCCUAACGCGUCGUUGUGCUUCAGAUUCCGCCCACCGGGCCGUCUGUAGGUCUGUGGAUAACCGUCUAUCCUUCUCCUAAUAAUAAUCCACCUUGAUUAGUUUGCACUUAGUCAAGAACUAAUCAAGAUAGAUGUCUUCUUAGAUCAACUCUAUCUAAAUAAAAUCUAUCAAGAUGGAUGUCUACAUAAGAAGUCUCGCAAAUUAGGUAGACAGCCAUCUUGAUCUUCUAAAUUAAGGAGACAUGAUCCAUAUCCAAAAACAAGUAGCCCCUUUUUCUAAGGAACAAGCAAGAGCAGCAGAAUGUCAGAAAGCGGUUUUUUGAAGAAGCUUACCUCUCUCCGGCGUUUUUCGAUGCGGCCUCUCUUAAGGCUACCACACUUCUGCCAAAACUGUAACUGACUACUAGCAGGCCACCCACCAACAAUCUCCUUUUCUUGAACAAUAAUGAUUCUAGCACAUACGCCUAGUACUAUUCUUCUUUUCAGUCGGAAUGGGAUCCUUUUGUUUAGAAGUCCUUAGCGACCUUUUAAUUUCUCAAAGAGUCAGUCGCGUGCUGUAAUCAUGUAAAACUGAAGUGGAUACACACUAGGAUCAUGCGGAAAAUCAAGAACUUGAUCUUGAAUAGAAUAAUACUCAUGAUACGUCUAAAAGAAUAUUCAUGUUCAUCUUCUAGGACUAUUCUCUAGUAGGUUAAUGGAUAAGUAUCAAUGUAGAACUUUUCACUAGCUCUUCUUCUAAAAUCGAUGCGGAUACACAUCGAGCAGGUACCGCAGGUGCGGGGGGCAAGGAGCUGCUCAUAAAGCUGUGGAAUAAUAUGAAGCAAGUAAUGCAAGAAAUGGCAGGAGCACUUUAUGACGCGUUAGUGCAUAGAUAUUUCGUAUGAUAGAAGGAUCUAUUUCUAUAAGGAUCUCUGUUGUAUUAUAUAUAGGGAAGUUGUGUUGUAUGAUAGAAGGAUCUAUAACCUAACCUUUGCGUGAUGGCGAUUUCGAAAAACAAAUGAUGUAGAAGAUGAUUAUACGAGCGUUGUAGGGGGAGAAAACUUAACACAAGUCGCGCGAAAGCGUGAUGGAAAAACGCUAAUUCAGUAGAUACUCUAACUAUAUUUUCCAGCAUACGUGAUUCCUUUGAUGCUAUGCUCGGCCCUCUAGUCUAUAACGCAGUUCUGGCACGUAUCUCAAGCUUAACACGUUAUUUGAUGAUAUAAUACAGAUACAGAUAGUACUCUUGAUACAGACACUCUUGAUCUACUAAUGCCUGAUUGAUUCACGGGACGGAGCCGGUGGAUCUAACGAGAAAUGCAGAAUGUUUGUCGAAGAUAUCCGUUUGCAGGGAUCUCCACCACCUCCCACAUCCACAUCCACGCCAGGCAAGGCGGGAGAAGCGCAACACACAGCUAAGAGGUUUCCUCCACAAUUCCUCGUAACCUCUAAUCAUCUCUAUCUCUAUCGGAAUUUGAAUGAUAUUAACAGAAUAGAGGUGGUCUAAAAGAAAUCUUACACAAUUUAAUUACUUAUAAUUCUUGGGCCCAUCUCACACUCACUCUUCUAAGGUACUUUUUUUACUACAGUCAGUGUCAGCAGGUGUAUGAGCACAUCAUCGUGUCUCUUCAGGUAUCGCUAACCUAAUAAAUCAAAGUUUUUCAUCUCUUCCUGAAUUCUUCUAUAGGGAAAAUUGUCUUCUCUCAAGCAUCUUCGUUAUUCUCUUUAUUGUCGCUCUUCGAUUAUAGAUUUAGAGGAAUCCUCGUCCCUCAUCAAUCGUAUGAUCUACGCAAGGAAUCAUAUUCCCCUUUUCUCGAGACAAGAUAUUCUCCAAAAGUUCCUUUUGGGUCUUUGUCCUUCCAUAAGUUCUAAGAUAGCUGGCGUACCUGUUGCGACAGCACAAGCAGCAGGGAAAGAGGAGGAAGAUGCGAGGCCGCGCAAAGGUUACGGCAAAAAGAUAAAAAUGUACAGUACUAGUAUCUACGAGAUUUGUGGCCGAUUGUACGGUCUUAUGCGCCCCCAGUAUGUAAUUUGGAUGAUCUUAGUUGAGCAUGUUAAUUAAUUGAUUGAAAGGGCGGUGGCAUAUAGUCCUAACGCAAAAAAAAAAAAAUUUACGGGUGCUACGGGCAGCACUAUCAGAGACGCACACAUGAGAAGAUGACAAAGCAGAGUCCCUCUUCUAAGCAAAACGCGGCGGUUCUUACACAGGUCGGGCUCGGUUUGUUGACACGAACCUGGAAAUGAAGGGCGAUCUAUUCCUCGCAUCCGACUGUGAUCCCCAUAGGCCUGUUAAGGCUAAUGGCGUAGCUCCUGUCUUACUGUGAGUUGGAGCUAUUUUCCGAGUUUUCGGCAAUUUUGGUGUGAGCUCCUCACCUGCUUCUGUGGCAGGUGCGGCGAAACUCACUGGGCCGCUUUUCAGUCGGCUUUUUGUGCAAUUUCUUGGAUAUUAUAGCGCUCCUCAAUGUCUUCAAAUCGCAGUCGUUUUCGACUGUCCCACUUAAGUGAGCAAAGCACAACCCAGGUAGUUCACUGUUCUUGGAACGAAUUGCCACAAAGUUUUUUUCUACUUCGGCUUGAUUGUGAAGCGAAUGGGGAAAUUGAACACCAAAGGCCUACGUACCACUAAGUCUAGAACGAAGUACCAGAUAUGGGAUACCAAUGGAUGGGGGCUGGACCUAAUAGAAUUUUUCGAUCCAGAGAAGCCUGCAAAUCAUUAUGGGGAGGAUAUUGAGAUAGAGACUGCUACUAGUAUCUGCUCUAGUUGUGCCACGUAGUACCUCUUACUCUACCAAAAAGCGUUUUCCUAUUCAUUUUCAACCAUUUCAACUAGCAAAAGCUGGAGACUGACGAAUCAAUCCUCUAAGAGCAAGCCAACAGUCUAGGAGAGGCGCUUUUUUUUCGACGUUAUGUGCGGCCGUACGACGAUUGUGACCUGCUUACAGAAGCAAGUACCGAUAUCUUUAGCGCAGCCGCACCGGGGAAUCUUGUUCCUCUCUGUGUUCAGACCCGCUCUUAUGGAAGCUCCAUACUCUAUUUGAAGGACGAUUUGCUUGUUGUUGUUGGUAAUCUAGUAGACCCACAGCCACACCUAGCCUUGUUGUUGUCAUGAUCAUGAAGAAUGAGUGAGUGAAUGAACGUCUAUGUCAUACACUUACACAUAGCGUUGUUGUAAAAGAUCAUCUCUUCUGCGAGAUGUGUAGUUCUUUUCCUUGUAUCAUCUAUUCGCCACUUCUUUGUUUGGCUUUGGAGGUUGCAGACCUGCAUAAACAAGAUGUCUAGUUAGACUUGUAUUAAAACAUCAAGACCAGAAUGAACCGCUCUAACUCAAAGAUACGAAAGCGAUGAACGUUUUGCCGGCUUAUGGGAGUAAGGGUGGUCGGUUAACGAUUCUUCCACACGCGGGACCUCAUACCGAUUCUGCUAAAUUUAAGGGUAGUUUACACGUUGCAUUGAAAUGGCGAUCCUUGAUUGUUCAAGGGUCGCUUCCACAGUGCGUCCUGGUCCACUAACAGUAACAAGAUCCCUGAUUGUAUGUCUUUUCCUUCUAUAGCGUGGUCUUUCCCCACUAAGGAGGUUACUUAAGGAGGGAGUCAGGGAUGGGAUGUUCUGAAGAUUGCAAUGUCUGAGGUCUAAUGAUGCAGAGGAAACGCAGUUCGUAUAUCCUCAAGGAGGAGCAGCGCCUGAGGCAGAUCAUCCUUUAUGGCUUUUUCAUCGCAGCAUGCCUACUAAAAAUCUUCUACAACUCUAGUAGAUAGUACAUACUAGCGUCGUCUGCUCCUCCUAAGAUUUCUCCUGCGUUUCUUCUUCAUAAAUGUUUACACAUAAAUGUUUAUAGCAAAGCAAGAACCUAACGAUCAUGUGAAGUAGACGUCUCCUCGUCUGGUGGCGCCACUUCUAACAUGGAAAGUGCUGGAGUCAAGUACCGGAACCGGGCAGUUGUGGUCUUUGGAGCCGCUUCGUGCGUUUUGGGAAGGGAGUGAUCUUACCGUCUACAACCUUCGAACGCUUUUCUUUAAGGCUACUUGUUACAUCGCUUUUGGCUGAAUUAGUUACUAUCUACAGCGACUUCAAAUACUAACAUAUUGGCCUUGGUCAUGCUCACUGUCAGAACUUAUCUCUUGGGGUACUAGGAACGGCACCAUCUUCAGGGACCACGCAGACAUGACGUGAAUUGACAUCCAGCGUUGACUCCCCUUGUAGUACUUCUCUAGCCUUCUACGCAUUACUAGUCUGACGUCGUGCUUUAUCUAAAACUUAAGUAUCUUAGGAUCAACAUCUUCACAGCUUCAACAUCAGGAAAAUCCGUAGAACACAGAGGAGAUUCAGGGAAGUUGUCGUAGGUCCAAUCCGAACCGACUAACAUCGUCGUCGUAUCUUUUUCUUUAAAUAGCGAGACGUAGUAGAGCUGCAUGAGCUGACAGGUUGUGCAGAAUAUCUACACCAGGUUGUCUCGUGCAGUAGACGGCUAAUAUAUAAAGAUAUCGAUCUUUCUUUCCCCUUUAUUUGUCUAAAGAAGAAGAAAAUGGAUAAUGUCUUUCUUGUUUGGUCUUCCUGUUCCUCUACCCCUGUUCUAAAACUUACUGGAUGUUUCCUUCGAAGUUCUCACCGAGGUCUGUAGCGCAACAGUAUGUAUACGCUUUGCAGAAAAUUUAUUUCCCCUUAUGGUGCUGGUGUUCCUCGUACUGACAGACUGUUAAAUCGAAAACGAAAAGUGUAUUCAGUCUUUAUUUACUCCAAAAGCAAAGACGAGUGCGUGUGCUUCCGAACUUCUUUUAGAAAUAAGAGACCCGCCUACAACUACUAACAACUUUUUUUUGAAGAAUUUCAAUUGCCAAGAUGAACAAUCAGUGCUGUCGUGCCCCCAUUCAUUGGCGGCUUUUUUGCAUACGGACCAAGACCAGAAGGAGUUAUGAAGCACUACUGAUGAUGAUGAUGAUGAUGAUGAUCGAAGAACUCAAUAUAUGAAAUAACUGGUUACUUAAUUUUGAUUUUCCCUUUUAUUUGAAUUUAUCCUAGGUUAGAAGUCCCUCCAAUCAAAAAACUCAAUAUCAAAAGCUGGCGUCACCUACUAGGGUUGAUAUUUUUUCAAUGUUGAUAUUUUUUGUCCUCUUUCUUAAAUAAGUACUAUGAAACGCAAUUUGGACGAGGUACCGGCAAAUUUUCCAAGAUUGUAGAUACAGACAGUAGGACAACAACAAAAAAUUGCUACACAGGAGGGGGCACCAUGACAUGACAAGUUCUAAGGUUUCUUGGCCCCGUUCCCAAGCCGCUGAAGGAGUGGCCACUUGGUGAGGAUAUGAAGUAUGCGAUGAACCUGCGGUAUUCGGACUUGCGGAAAUCGUGCAUCCAUCACAGUGGAGAUGAUACGAAACAGCUAAAAAAAUGCGUUGAGCAUGGCGAUGGAAAAUUCUGGUAUUUCAAUCUAUGGCAUUUUUGCUCAGAGCUCGUAAUUUCAGAGCUAGUUUAGAAGUAAUUUCAAGAAGCUUCGGGUGGCUAUCAUGAUCUUUGAGUACUUAGUUGUACUUGAGAGCUCACAGAGAAGCAUACAUGAUAAGGAGCUUCAGGCUAUCACGAGAAUGGUGGCAUAAUUUGUAUUUUUGCUAAUAUUCAAUUCAAUGAUCAUUCGAGUAUGACCAGUUUUUCAACUUCAACAAGGAAGUGUAGUAUGUCUUAAACUGUUGACAAAAUGACUAAUUGCCACCCAAUAAGGAGGAAAAAACUGCGCACUAUAGUUCUUUGCUACAACAGUAUGUUGGGACUCAACGGAGCAAAGAAAGUGCUAUUCUUCUAAUAACACCCAAAGCACUAUGGAGUGUCGGUGAUCGACGAGGCAUGCACACGACCACGCGCAGAUUGGUUAGAUUAAGGCAACCAAGCGAGCAUGCUCAGUGUCAUCCUUCUAAAUUUCGUUAGAAUACCAGGAUGUCCGUCGAAAAAGUGGGAGACACCGACAUUGGUCCUCUUCAGAACUGAAGAAUCCACGACUACCGAAUGCUUCCAGGAAGCAUUCCUCACGUGAAGAGGUCAAGGUCUAAAUAUGAUAGUACACAGGGAUUCUAGCUCCUUAAAUGAAACGCAAAAUAGCUAUUGUUCAUGGAGCUGCCAUUCUGACUAACAGUCCCAAGUACACAGCAGUAAGUCUAACUCGAGCGCCACAAUAUCUGCACCCUCCUCUGAACCGGUGGGAGCGGGACGCAGCAAAGCAUCUGGCACGGGCGGUCGCCCAGAACACAAGGGGGAGCGGUCCUCAUGUUAGGUGAAGAAAGAGAAGUAGACCUCAAGGUCAGACGAAGGCGCCCUUGAUAAGACAGUCGGCACAGAUCUUUUGCGCGAAAUUUUUUAUUGUAUUACAUCCAGUGAUCAAGUAGAAAAGUGUCUCCCUAUUCGUCCUAUACUCCAGUGGUUGUGCCGUAGUAAUGCUUGUCAUCAUUCUCCCACUGCAGUCAGCAUCUUCCACCUCCGAAAGAUCGUAUUCUUUUUAAUCGGUCACGUUUUUUAGUUCGAAUCAUCCCAUGACCCUUAUAGUUGUGCAAUGUUUUCCCCUUCAGCCUCUAAAGAAUAAGAAAAUCUUUUGCACUUCCACGCGAUGCAUCAGUAUCACGGGUACGGCUGCGCGGUCACAGACGUCGCAGACAAUGGCAAUGCACCGGGAAAAAAGGAAAGGGUAGGGCUGAAUUUUGUUGUUUUUGGAUGACUGCUCUCUCCAGGUCGUGUACUAACAUGGAGGACUGCGAAGUCCCUGUGAUACAUAGGUGUAACUUUGACUUUGAGCAAGUCCUUAGUAUAACAAGUUUGAAAAGUCAAACAAUGUAAAAAUAUGAGUGUUUGCUCUUACUGAAUCAUGUCGGUUGUUACAACCGGGUUGCACUCUUGCAAUCAUAAAAGGAUAGGAGGUCAAAAAUGUUUGAAUCUUCCUUCACGACUUCUGAUCAUCUAAGAAGCAGGGUCGCAGUCCGUUUUUACGAUCGCAAAUGGUGUCCACCGGAAAAGGAUCACACAGGACGCAACCCACAUCCGUCGAAGAAUCCGAGCAAAUAUGUCGCGUAUGCUGUUAUGUUCGUGGUGUGAUAUUUUUUUUUUCGGUAGGAAGGACCGACAGUGACACUCUGAACUACAGAUAAAACCUGUAUCUCAUCGUCCACAGUUUAUGACUGCAUAUCUACUCAUCAUCUAAUGUCCAAUACUAGCAUCAACAAACUACACACUCUAACGUUAAGCCCAUGCGCACGAUCGACGUAGCAGGAUAUCUUCGCCUCGGAGGACCGAGCGGGACCAGUGGCGACAUGAUGUCCUUUGGCCAGUUUAUUGGCGGAUUUGACCAACACGACUAUGAAAACGAUAGUUGUUGUCCCCUACGUCAUUGAAAACAGUAACUCAUCGAAUAUGUAUCUAUAUGUGUACCAGGGAGGGAGGCCCCCCCUGUCAUACAACAAUGCCCAUUUACUGACUGUUUGUAAAUCGUCAGUAGCCAACCAUGCGGUUUGUCUCUUUAUCAGGGAGACCAUCAAAACCUAACCUAAGCCUAACCUCAUCUAUCUAAUAUGAUUUUGGUGGUCUACUAAGCCUAACCUCAUCUAUCUAAUACGAUUUUGGUCUACAACUACCUCAUGCUCAUGUGCUUGAUACUAGAGAAAAAUACACUGAUGAGAACCUAUGAUGUUGAUACAGUGCUUAAGGUUCUUACACUAUAGUGCUAUUUCUUUAAAUGCAAUUAUUAAGGUCGUGAAGGAUACGACAAGUUUCCUAAGGUGUGGCUCAACCACAGUUAUUUCAGUUGUUGAGAUAUUCGAAAUUAAGUGAUUCAUUAAGGCAAAAGUUAAGUCUUAAGGGAUGUUUAUGGUAAACAUAAUAAAGUAGGGCUACACUCCUUAAAUGACUCCUUGAAUACUUCUGUCGCUAAAAAAACCUUAGGUGUAUUAUGCUAGUAUCGCUAUGACAUGGCAUCUUUCUCUAAACCCGAAUGGCCAUUCUGCGUCUGCGUCUGGUAGCGUACUUCACCUCAAAUGGCUUCCAUAGUUUUAUCGAGGUAUUGUUGGGAUCCGAUGUGGGUUUCGAAAAGUAUCCCGACUACCAAAUGGCGACAGUGCUGCAGAAACUUAUGAUUUCAAAUGCGUAAGACUACGAGCCAGAGCAAAGAGGGUGGGAAUCGAUAGAAUGCACAUGAAUAGAAAGUGCAAAGGAUAGCUCUGAAGCAGUAGAACAAGACCUCAAGAUUAGGCACAAUGAUCAUCAUCACCAUCAUCAUCAUCGAGAAGCUGUAGUUCGUAUUGGCUUAAAAAACAGGUAAGCGAACGCUUCAAGAAGUUGUAGUUCGUAUUGGCUUAAAAAACAGGUAAGCGACAUCUUAAAGAAGUAUAAUUUCCUAGAAGACGAGGAAGAUAGGACUUACAAGAAGUACAGCAACAGAUGACUAAAAAAUCGUACCAAGAUCAUCUUUUUUUUCGUCCUCUACUAAAAGAAGUAAGUAAUAGAUGACGCAGCACCGUUUUGACGAAGACGAGACAGACUAUCGCACAGCGAGAAAAGUGAUCCUAUAACUUGCUAGAGCAAGAAGACGAAGAAACGAAAAAGAUGAUCUACUUACACUUACAAGAAGCAAGCUAAACAACAUAAACUUACUCUAGUCCUACCCUCCUGCUUCUUCUAAUCCUAUACACCAAAAUCCCGCUUUUGUGAGCCUUCUGGAUGAGCUAGCAAGCAAAGAGGGGCAGAAGGCGGUGAAUGAUGCUAUUGCCAUGGUGUGGCAAUACUAUAACAGCGCAAACGGUCCUCCUCUGUUAGACCGCGAUCCUGCCGAGUUGCACAAAGAGGCCCGCAACAUCGGGACCGCAGAAGAUACAGUGGUCUUUUUAUGGCUUAUACCAAUCAAACUCUUGUUUACUCAAGCUUGUGGAAUUUAAUAACCACUGACUCUUGUUUAAUAAAGUGGAAGUGCAAGUAUCUAUCCUAUCAGCAAGUCUUUAUUGGUCUUCCUCGAUUCCAACAACCUAAUCACAACGAUGUGUACUAGUACCAGAGAUAGAUACGCUGGAAAGCAUUGACUAUUUCUACCUGCUCUUCCAGUUGUUCUUCAAGUUCUAGCGGCCUAACCAUGUCGCUCACGUUACCAAGACUUUUUUACUUCAACACUCAAAAAUUUCGCCGACUCUACUCAAGUCUCAACCUCUUCAUCUUCAUUCUUUGCAUGUAAUUCUGCACCAUCGCUCUAACCCUUACGAAGGAGAAGAGCGACGAGCUAACGCUGAAGGCCAAGGAGGCACACGGAAAGCUGAAGAAGGUUGCGGAAAUGGUUGCAGAGGCAUUCAUGCCGCAGUUGCCUCCGGAAACGCCGAAGUGGGAAGGAAUCGAAACUGUAGUCACAGAUAUCACCGAAGCGGAAAAGGGAAGCGGAAGCUCCUGCUGCUGAGUUCUUGAUUUUUUACCUAUUAUUUGACGAGUAUGAAGACGAGAACUAGUAAGUACGGGAUGUUGUACUUUUCUAUUGAGAUCGUCAGACAGUCACAGUUGUUGAGAUCGUCACUCACAGGACGAAGAGGAUGUACUUACUUUUUUAUUGUGACGACUAGUAAGUUAAAACAACUCUUCGCUCACAAAGGAACCCUGCAAAAAUAUCCCAGAUUCAGAGCAAGAUAAGGCGGCAAGCAACACGUCAGUGUUUCUCCACCUUCACAAAAUGUGACCAAGGAAAGAUGAUAAACGUUAACAAUUUCAUGAUUUGAAAAAUUUCAGACGACUUCGCAACAAAUAGACCUGAAGAUGAACAUGAAAGCUUUUUCACUCGUUUUUCGCCCAGAAAGAGAUAUUUAUUAUAGUUUUUGAAAAGUCCUAGGUUCAUCUUAUUAUUAUAUAUAGUUUUCGAUUAUUCAGUGGCACUACUUCUUUCUUACCUACUAGUACAGAAAUAUAAUUGAACAGGUAUUUUCAAGCAAAAUCCAAGACAUUUAAUGCGAGGUCCUUUGUGUUGAAUGCACUAGCACCUCUAGUCGAAUAUUCCAACGGUCUACAGCUCAUUUCGAACAAGAACGACUAACAAUACAAUUGUAAAAGCCAUUAAGUAAUAAUCGUAACGAUUGAUAAUUAUACAACCGGGCAGCCUACUUACCUACUAGAAGGUGUAAGUACAACAUCAUCAUCCAAUUAUGUGGCGGCUAAACGACAACAAGAACAAGAAUAUCAUUUAAGAGACAUCGUAUUAUUGUGUGUGAUGCAUGCAAAUAUUUCCUCGAUGUUGGAGGUUACCCUUUUAUGCAACAUGUAUAUGUCAUCCUCACCCAGAAUCCAUGAAUUACCAAAUACAUCAUGUUGAGCGUUCCUGUACUCGCGAGGAGCCUCUGGAAUUCAUCAU